AGACGUUACCUAAGGUCGAAGUAAAUAAUAAGAUUUUUAUUAGAGGCGGUGGUGUGUAGAGAGAAAGAAAGAGUUAACGGCGUUAAGUGUUGUAGGAAACGACAACGUGGGAUGCUACUGGUCUGUGUCAGGGAGAAGAGAGAGAGAGAGAGUAGUAGCUGACAGUUAAUGAAGAUUUUUGUCUGUAUUCUGAAACAAGGUCGAAUGUUGGAGACUAAGGAAACAAAUUUAUACGCCUUUAUCAUGAGAUGAUGGCUCAUGAGCCUUUCAAAUAGCUGCACCACCGCUCCUCCCUCUUUCUUUUUUUUUUUUUUUUUUAUAUUGCCUAACCUAAAUCCCCAAUUUCUCUCCCCAUCCUCUCAUUUUUGCUUUGUUUUGUUUGAAGUGGCACUGUGAGAGAGAGAUAGAAAGAGACAAAUAAACAAAGAGUGUGAGCCUUUGUGUUCUUGUGUGUGUGUUUUAAGGUUUUUAUUUUUAUUUUCUAUGUUGCAGAGAUUAGGAUAAGAUAGAAGGCGGGUGCUUUUUCUUCUCUGUUUCUCUCUGUUUUUGUUCUUUCUUGGAUUUUUUGGGUGUUGCUUGUUUGUUUUAGCUUUGAAGGAUAAAGCUUUGUGUAUCUCCUAGGUUUCCAUUACUGAGACAAAAAAGUAUAACACAAAGGAUAAAGCUUUGAGAGUUGUGUUUUUCUGUUUGUGUGUGUUGUUGUGCUUUUUAAUCGGGUUUUAAGGUUUGUAGAGGUGGUGUUCUCUGGUAAAAGUUGAGACUUUUUGAGUGGAUAUUACAGAGUCAGGAAAUAGAAAGAGAGAGUUUGUGUGUGUUUUAGUUUAAUGGCAACAAGAGCAGAACGUAAGGAAGAUUACGUUGGUGGGUUUGGAUUUGGAGUUGUUGAACAUUCUCAUAAAGACGUUAUGGUGCUACCCCAUCAUCAUUAUCAUCCAUCAUAUUCCUCUCCUUCCUCUUCUUCCCUGUGCUACUGUUCUGCUGGUCUUGGCGAUCCCAUGUUCUCUGUUUCAAGCAAUCAGGCAUACACUUCUUCUCACAGUGAUAUGUUCUCCCUUGCCGGUUCCACUUCUGCUUCUGUCACUCUAGCAGAUCCUUUUUACACCUUGAGCUCUUCAGGGGAGAUCGGAAGAAGUCUGAGUGAAAACGCAGGUGCAGCUUUCAGUAACGCUCAGUGGCAAGAGCUUGAGAGGCAGAAGAAUAUAUAUAAGUACAUGAUGGCUUCUGUUCCUGUUCCUUCCGAGCUUCUCACACCCUUUCCCAAGAGCCACCCAUCAAACACUAACCCGGAUGUAACAGUGGCAGUGGCAACAGGAGGUUCGUUGCAGCUGGGGAUUGCUUCAAGCGCAAGCAAUAACACAGCUGAUCUGGAGCCAUGGAGGUGCAAGAGAACGGAUGGGAAGAAAUGGAGAUGCUCUAGAAACGUGAUUCCUGAUCAGAAAUACUGUGAGAGACACACACACAAGAGCCGUCCUCGUUCAAGAAAGCAUGUGGAAUCAUCUCACCAAUCAUCUAACCACAAUGACACUCGUAACGCUAAGAAUGAUACUAGCCAGUUUACUAGAGCUUAUCCUCAGUUUUACGGACAACCCGUAAACCAAGUCCCUGUGCUUUCUACUCUUCCAUCUUCUACCUCUUCAUAUGAUCACCACAGAGGAUUGAGAUGGUUUAGGAAAGAAGGUGAUGCCAUUGGAACUUUAAACCCAGAGAUUCAUGACGCUGUCCAGCUGAAGGAUGGAUCAAGCAGAGAGCUCAAACGUGGAUUCGGUUAUGAUCUGAAUUUCAUGCAGAAGGAGCCAACAGUGGACCAGAGCUUUGGAGCAUUGCAAAGUCUAUUGAGUCUAAACCAGACACCACAUAACCAAGAGACAAGGCGGUUUGUUGUAGAAGGGAAACAAGACGAAGCAAUGGGAAGCUCUCUGACACUGUCAAUGGCUGGAGGAUCCAUGGAGGAAGCAGAGGAAACAAACCAGCAUCAGUGGGUUAGCCAUGAAGGUCCAUCAUGGCUCUAUUCAACAACACCAGGUGGACCAUUGGCUGAAGCAUUGUGUCUUGGUGUCUCCAACAACCCAAGUUCUAGUACUACUACUAGCAGCUGCAGCAGAAGCUCAAGCUAAAUAAAUGGCUUUAGUUGUCUUGUCUACAAAGUCAAAACCGGUUUAUGAUUAGAAAUCAUCGUUUUUAGGGAUUUGUUUGAAAAUCUUAGACCACCUAGCUUUUGUUUGUGUUUUGCGGUUGGAUUUUGCACAAGACUAAACAUGUUAUUUAUCGAGUUUUCACUUUAUGAUCGA